AUGCACGGAUCACAACACUCUGUCACAAUGAUUUAUCUUUCAGGGCUUGUUGGCUUUCUGCUGGUGCUUACAGCUGAGGCCAGAGUUGGAAACUCCUCUCAGUUACAUUUCUGUUCUGAGACAAAACAGUGCCUUCUGUUUGAUCCGAUUUGUAGAACUGACGAAUAUGAGGUCCGUCACUAUGACUCUGUGAAAUGGGUUUCAACUGACGAGACAUCCUUCUUCAUGGAGUUUGUUGCGAUGAAAGCAUUCAGACGACUAUAUGAAUACAUUACUGGUACCAACGACCAUGGAAAGGAAAUUGAAAUGACAGCUCCCGUUGUUGUGAAAAUGCCUGACAAGAAAUUUUGGGAAAUGGGUGUCUACACAGUGAGUUUCAUGCUGCCAGCUGAAUAUCAGAAACGUCCCCCCAAUCCUACUGAUAAUAAGGUGUACAUCCACGACAUGCCAGAAAUGAAAGUGUAUGUACGGAGCUACGGUGGAUGGAUGAUGAGCACGUCUGACCAAAGGACAGCAAGCAGUCUGUCUAAUGCCCUUGACUUAGUUGAUGCAAAAUACAAAAAAGGCUUCCACUAUGCAGCUGCAUAUAACAGUCCAAUGACGAUCUUUAAUAGGCACAACGAGGUAUGGUUUGUUGCUGACGAUGAUCCGGCGUGUUCCAGCAGUGAGGAAUCGAACUUUGCUCCUUAA